AGCAAAAGAGUUUUAAAUGUCCGCCAUGUUGUCCAUGGCGCACUGAACCAACGGUAGGGAGCGGAGCGUCGGAAAAAAACAGUCCGAGAGAGAGCGACCAAGAUCCGGGCCUUCCCCCGGCUCCGCUGGCGACGCCCUAAAUACAAGCUACAACCAUUCGAACGUUAGAAUAGAGAUAACCGCACAGAAACAUCCAUGAAAGCUCCACUCGGUACCGUUGUGAAUAUUAGGAGAUCCGAUAGAUUUAUAUUGCAUCUCGACUUGUGAAAAAUGAGUAAAUUGUCGUUUCGGGCACGGGCGCUGGACGCUUCCAAGCCACUACCCGUCUUCCGUUGUGAGGAUUUACCCGAUCUACACGAAUAUGCAUCCAUUAACCGGGCUGUGCCGCAGAUGCCUACGGGGAUGGAGAAAGAAGAGGAAUCGGAACACCAUCUCCAGCGGGCCAUCUCGGCACAGCAGGUGUACGGCGAGAAGCGGGACAACAUGGUCAUCCCAGUCCCCGAGGCAGAGAGCAACAUCACCUACUACGAUUCCCUCUACCCUGGGGACUACAAGAUGCCAAAGCAGCUAAUUCACAUACAGCCUUUCAGCUUGGACACAGAGCAGCCAGACUAUGACCUGGACUCGGACGACGAAGCGUUUGUCAUCAAGCUGAAAAAGAAGAUGGAGAUCAGCUUCCUGCAGUUUGAGGAGAUGAUCGACCGUCUGGAGAAAGGCAGUGGACAGCAGCUCGUAAGCCUUCCGGAGGCAAAACUGCUGCUGAAAGAGGACGACGAGCUCAUCAAGGAGGUCUUUGACUACUGGAGCCGCAAGAGGAAAAACAGCAAAGCCAACGCUCUCAUCCCUAAUGUGAAGCAGGAGAAACGGGACGGCUCUAGCACCAGUGACCCGUAUGUGGCCUUCCGACGGCGGACAGAGAAGAUGCAAACCAGGAAGAACCGUAAGAAUGACGAAGCAUCCUAUGAGAAGAUGCUGAAGUUGCGCAGGGAUCUAAGCCGAGCCGUCACAAUCCUGGAAAUGGUCAAGAGGAGGGAGAAGAGCAAGAGAGAGCUGCUGCACCUCACACUGGAGGUGUUUGAGAAGAGAAACGUUAUGUCAGACUUUGGUGGUGAGGUUAUGGCCGAGGUGUUGGCUGAGCGGGCGCUGGUGCGGCCGCAGAUCAUUCCUCUGGUCCCUCUCACCAACCAGUACCGACACCAGGACCACAUGGACCUCAAGGACUACAAGUCCAAGCCCGAGAAGGCAGAAGUUCCUCGUCCAAAGAGGAAAUACGAGAAGAAACAGAAGGUCUUGCCUCUGUCGUCAGGCCCCCACCAUCAGGGUCCUUUGGUCUUCAAUGCCAAGGACCUCAACCAGUACGACUUCCCCAGCUCGGAUGACGAGCCCUACUCCCAGCUGCACUCAGGCUCAUCAGAAGCAGAGGAGGAGAACGACCCAGACGGUGCUUAUGCCUUUCGCAGGAAGGCAGGCUGCCAGUACUACGCUGCUCAUCAGGAUCGUGUGGGGAGCUGGCCGUGGUGUGGACCCUGGGAGGACGGUUUGGCAGAAGCUCGCUUUCGCUACAGUCUCACUACGCUCACUGUGCCACGGCGCUGCCUUGGCAUGGCCCGACGACGAGUGGGACGAGGCGGCAGGGUGUUGCUGGACCGGGCGUACACGGACUAUGACAACAUUUUCCACGGACUGGAUCAAGAAAUGCUUGACCUGCCUCUCCCGCCCUCUCCUCCUCCUCCUCCUCCCCCUACAACUACUUUACGCUCGCCGGCCACCAACAAGUUUGCCAGUACCUCAGAAACAAAUACCUCAGACAAAAGCUCCUCCCCUCUUUCCUCCCCCUCUUCCACGGACCUCAGUCAGAUACUGUUGAAUAUAAAGUCGUGCCGAUGGCGGCACUUUAGACCACGGACACUACCACUACACGAGCUGGACAAUGCCCACCCGCUAUUCAGGAAGUUGAGUCGAGGACUGAAGCGCUCUCUCUCGGCCUCCACAGCUGGGGGACAGCCGUACGGCGCCCAGCGCCCAGCGAGGGUCGUCCCUGCACCCACACCCACUGCUGCUUUCACAGCCGAACAGUACCAGCAGCAUCAGGAGCAGCUGGCUCUGAUGCAGAAACACCAGCUGGAGCAGAUCCAGCAGCAACAGCAAGCCAACAGCACCACCACUGCAAACAGCACACACGGUAUGGCGAAUACGUUGGACCAGGCCAGCGCUCAGUUCGCCGCCACGGCCCUCGUCACCGCCGAUCAACUGCUGGCUCUGAAAACCAAGGAGGAGCUGGCCCUGGGAGGCGGAGUCAAUGGCGUCCUCUCCCCCUCAGGUGUCUACAAGGGCUUGCACCUCUCGAGCACAGCGUCCCCUUCCCCUGCCGCCCCGGCCCCUCCCACCACGACCCCAACACCGGCCCUGCUCCACCCCUGCACCACCACCAGCUCCUCCUCCGCCACCAGUAACAACAACGGCACCGCUCACCCCGCCAACACCACUACCACUACCGCCACCACUCAGGUCCUGCUGGGAAACAACAACAGCCUCCGUUUGGGCGUUCCUACCGGAAAGCGCGUCCACGCCCCUCGGACGCUGAGCGCCACCAUGCCGACAUCCGCCUUAAAGCUCGCCCACGCAGCCGCCGCCACCGCCAACUGUCAGAAACCUAAGGUCACUACGGCCACAGCCUCACCGCUGGACAUAGUGCCCAGGGAGAAUCACGAUCAAGACAAGCCAGCACUGAACAGUCUAUCAGAGAACACAAUGGCCAUGGAGGUUACGUAGCCUCCCGCUCGCUCGCAGCUCGGAGGACACACAACUCCUUUGUCGUUAUUUUUGUUUUUGUUUUUUGUUUUUUUUAGGUGCUAUGCAUCGUUUAGUCGUGAAAGAAAAUGGUGGCGGAAUGAGCACGGCAAGGCUGGGUUUCCAUGAUAACUGUUUGGGACUUAACUGCAAUGCUCGUCUCGUACAAAAAACUUUUUUUUCUCUCCCCCAUUUCCCUAUUUGUUACUGUUAAUAAGAGAUCGUCUGUAAAUUCUUAAUAUGGCAAUUAUAUGUACAGUACUGCAUAUUUGUAAUACCCCCCUCCCCCAGACCUCCCUGUUCUUGUAUAUAACAUUACUUGAAUACAGAAUUGUUCAUUUGUGAUGUUUUGCACUCGAGAUAUUAAAAAAGAAAAUCAAAAUUAAAAAGAGAAAACGACAAACUGCAACUGGUGCGAGUAUGAGGUGUGAGAGUUGUACCACAGAACAGUGUAUGUCAUCACAUGCAUGGUGCAGAACCUGCUGUUCGAUCUAUUUAUUGUGCCGUGUUUACAAAGGACUUUUUCUUUCUUUUUUUUUGUCCGUUCAUUUUUAUUUUUUUAUUUUUAAUACACUGUACCCCUCACCGGCUCCCCGUGCUGUAGUCAGUGUUUAGCUAGAGUUAAAAACAGAAAUGUAUUUUUUUGGAUGUUGUGAACAUGGCUGGGAGCUCGCCCGUCUUCGUCGGGCGUUCCCCCUCAAUGUUCCCAUGUGUCAUUUUGAAUCCAUGGAGACGUGCAUUCAUCAGAAUCAGGCGCAGGAAGUAGAGGAAGACGACGGGUGUGGAUUUGUUUGUUGUAGGCAUCAGUUUGUCAGUGGGUUAAUCAGUUUCCACAAAGCUCUUCCAUACGUAUAUUAUUCCUGAGACAAGUAACAAAACAAUGGGAUGAAGACUCUUUCCCAGAAGACUUUGCUGCUUCUGAUUUAUCUAAGCACUAUAUAAUUUCUUCUUUUUUUAUUGAUUGAUGCUGCUUUUGUAUGAUUUCGGUCCCUGGUCUGCACCAGACGGCUUUAUUUCCUUUUGUUUUCUCUGAAAGAUAAUCCCCCUCCUCACAUUGUCAUUUUUUUAAAAGGAAUAUUUUUGUAUUUCCCACUUUUUUAUUUUAAAUUUCCUCACGAAAGAGUUCAUUCUUUUGUUACUUGUUGAUCUAAAGAAAAAAAAACUAAGGGAGUAAAAAAAAUAAUGCAGUAACUGACAUUUAUUAUCAUUCCAGCUUCUACAUAAUAAAAAAAACAUGUAUGUAUUUAAAAAAAGACAAAAAACAGACAGUUUUCUCUACUUUUAAAACUCUCCUGAAGGCUGUAAGGCCAUGAACCACAAGUUAUCGGGUGCCUUCAUUUGGGAAAAAAGACAAAAACCUUAAAAAAAAUCAUUCGCUCUCUUCUGUGAAGAGUUUGGUACUGAACAAGGCUACUUGUAGUUUUUCUUUGUCUGUACCACAAUCCCAAUGCCCAUUCCAAUGGCCCAGUUGAUUCAUGAGUUUUUGUUUUGUUUUUGUAGACCCUUCCACCACACAUACACAGACACGCAUACACAAACACGGGAAAAUUCUACCAAUCCUCUUGAAUUGUCACAAAAUGAAAUAAAAAUCCAGGGCAUUA